AUGUUGCCGACGACAAUCCGCUCUCCACCCGCUGUGGCGGACUACACUCCGAUCGAAGAGCAUCAGGCUCAGACUCCCGAGACGUUUUUUGGAGGAAAGCCCGUGCUGCACUACCAGCUCGACGGUGCAAAAGCAUGGAUUCCUGCGUCGCAGAAGGGUAGCUUGGCUGUUUUCCCUGCCGAUAUCUCGACGACUGCGACCGCGCCUGAGGGUGCCACGCUGAGAGACUCCAACGAGGAGCUCGCCGAGCAACAGGUCUCCGUCUUUGUGAACUCGGAGAACUUCACCAUCUUUUCCGCCGCCGCCGUCGCAGGCGUCGCGAUCCCGUACCCCUCCAUCUCGAUCCACGCAGUCAAGCAAGUCGGCUCCAUUUCCGAGACGACGCCCCUCCAAGCCAUCUGGAUGCAGCUGCAGCUCGCCGACGGCGGCGACGGCGACGACGACUACAACACCAUCGACCUCACCAUCGUCCCCGCGGUGACGGACGGCGCGCAGGCCGACGUGCAGAAGUUCUACGACGCCAUCUCGGCGUGCUCGGAUCUGCACCCGGACCCCGUCGACGAGGACGAGGAGGACGACGACUGCGGGCGCAUCAUCUUCGAGAACGACCACGAGCCAGUCGAAGGAUACUCUGGCGUGCUGCACGGCGCCGCCGACGGCGGUCUGCCGCCUGCUUUCCCCGGUAGCGGCGGGUGGAUCACGGCGGAGAAUGUGCACUUGCACUUCGACGCGGACGGAAACUGGAUCGGCGGACAGGAUGGCGAGGAGGGUGGUGAGCUUGGAGAGGGCGCGGGUAGGGUUCGCGGCCACGAGGAGGUCAAUGGUGCGGAGGUAAACGGGCACGAUGACCCGGAGAACAAGCGCCCGCGCGUGGAUGAGCAGUAA